ACCGUCGCGGACUCUUCAAGUUUCCCUACAAGUGAAAGAAAGCACUCAUAUUCCCCUUUCCUCUCGUCUGAUUUAUCGCGGGCUCUUGAUAGUAAUUUAUGCACAAAACAUGGCCACCCGAGAGGUACGUAAUAAAUUAGACGAGCUGAGGCAGUAUCGUAAAGACCGUAGCCGACACGACCGCGAUGCGAGAGAGCAUUGUUCUUCGGUGAGAAAGAAAAGAAGAAUGAACCCAGAUUUUGUGGAGAAAUGGGACGCUGCUGCCUUAAAGGAAUUAGAUGACUCAGCAAUUCAGGAAAAGAUUGACCAUGAGGCACGCAUACGAGAUGGUAUUGUCAGGUUGUUGGCUGCCUGCCAUGAAGAAGUUCAAGCAUUGGAAACAGCCAAAAAUCUUCUUACCAUAAAUGCUCGCAUCCUGGCGCUAAUGGGACUGCUACAAAGACACAGAGCAAAGUCUGUGAUGAUGAGAAAAGGAUCCAGUUCAUCUAGUCCAUUUGACUUGGAUGAUGAUGCAUCACCUUGCAAAGGAAUACUCUCUCUCUCAGACAUUCGUGUUCCCCUCAUGUGGACCCAAGAAGACCACAAUAAAACCAAAGCAGAACAACAUCUCUAUUAUGUGUUCUGCUUACUGAAGCUUGAUGGUCAAGUUUUGGACACAGCUCUUAUGGAAACGGAUGAGUCAGAGACAGACAUUCCAUUUGACAACAUUAUUGUCUUUGAAAAUGUGAGUCAUGACUUCAAGCUGGAUAUAGAAAUUUACUACACAGUUUCAUCAGAAAAUGCAGCAAGCAGAGCUUCAGGAGUGAAAAGGCCAUUACACAGAACUCCAUCAGGCCACGAAGUCCCCAAAUUUAUACUUGCAGGGCACACACAACUGACAGUGGAUCACCUCCAUCAGAGGAUCAAAUCACAUGACCUCAAGACAGGUUUGGUUGGUGCAAGCCCUUUAGCAACCACUGUAUCUACUGAGGAUUCAAACAUGCCACGACUAGCUUUAUGGGGCCAAAUUUGUUGUCGUCUAGCUGCCAGACCUGCAUGUGUUGAACAGGUCCGCAUGGAUGGUUUCCUUGAAAUACAGAGAAUGACCUGCAGUCAAUCUUCAUGGUGUCGGUUGUGGUGUGUUUUGAGACAUGCGACAGUCAAAUGCUGGCACUGUAAAGAAGACUCAAACCACAGAGAUCCCGUGGAAUGUAUAGAAAUAAAACCGAAAAUGGAUAUAACAGACACAGUGAGCCCCACCUUCCAUCAUCGUCACAUCCUGAUUCUCACGAGUCAAACACCUGAGAAGGAGCCAGUGUUGGCGUGUAACUCGGAUGAGGAGUAUGUCCGCUGGAGAGAUGCCUUACAGCAGGCUAUUCUCGAUGUGACAGCUUGGAAAGUGGCCUGCAAGCAAGACAUGACUAUUGUAUACCCCUCAGUACAUAAACUUCCUCCAGUGGAAACCAAAACUUUGUACGACUCAAUACAGGUCACACUGUCGUCAACUGUUGAACCUUGGAAGACUGUUGACAAACGUGCCCCUCUAGCGGAACUAAAAUCAAUACCAGCGGACUCACCAAGCAUCGAAUGUACGUAUGACAUCUGGCAAAGAAGAGUCCCUGAAAAUAGGAGCUUCAGAAAGGGAAAGAAAAAAGGAGUGGACGAGAAUGCCCUGAACUAUGAAACCACAAUUUGAAUUUUUUUUUGUUGGAAGUCUAAACACGUGAUUGUGGCCUGGAUCAAAAAAUAACAUGCGAUUUCAACCCUCCUGUUUUACUUUCUUCCUUAUCACUAGCUGAGCAUAAUUGCUGCUUUUAAGAAUGAAAUUUUGAAAAUGUUGCAGCCUGGAAGAUACAUAACUGAGCUCCUGAGUGCUGCCUUUUGUUCUUGCGGUUAACAAUUUAUGUUGUUUUAUCAACAAAGAAAUGAACCAUAUUGUGUUCAGGUUAUUUGUAUAAAAGUAGAUAAGUGUAAUGGAGAUAAUUGUUGUGCGGAUUUGAAUAUACAUGUUAAAAUAAUUAUAUAUAUAUAUAUAUAUAAAUAUAUUUAAAAUGGUUGAAAAAGUAAACUGAAUGUUACUCUGACUGAACAUUCACUGACUUGAUGGUAGAGUUGAACCACUCGUUGUGUCAAAUGAUGGCAGCCUUACUGGUACCAAUGAAGAACGUUAAGUUACAAGACGAUUGACUAAAUAAAUUUUUAAUUUUGUGAACAAUUAGAUAAUAAAGAUUUUUUUACAAAGCUUA